AGCGGCACGCAUGGACUUGCGAGACGGAGACUAGAGGGCACUUUUACGGUCUGGAAAGCAUUUCAAAGUUCAAAAAUGGUGGAUGCUUUCUGUGCUACGUGGAAACUGAUCGACAGCCAGAACUUCGAUGAAUACAUGAAGGCACUGGGUGUUGGUUUUGCCACAAGACAAGUGGGCAACGUGACCAAACCCACUGUGGUGAUCAGCAAGGAUGGAGACAAAGUGGUGGUGAAAACUCUCAGCACUUUCCGGAACACGGAGCUCUCCUCGAAACUUGGAGAGGAGUUUGAUGAGACCACACCUGAUGACCGACACGUCAAAUCUAUCUUCUCUAUGGAGGAUGAUAAAUUUGUGCAUGUGCAGAAGUGGGACGGCAAGCAGACCACAUUUGUGCGUGAAAUAAAGGAUGAUGGGAAGAUGGUGAUGACUUUGACCUUCCAGAACGUCCAGGCUGUACGCACGUAUGAAAAGGCAUAAUUUUAGCAUUAAAAAAAAAAAAAAAAGUUCUGUAAUUUGCACUGAUUGUAGCGUCACUUUGGGUGUCACUUGUAGAAAUGCGGGAAAUAAAGUGGAA